GGUAUUUGUGCAAGAUAUUGAGAGGGGAAGAGUAAGACUAAUCUGUUGAGGAUUCAUAACUGAUCUAAAAAAUAAGGGACAAAAAUGAGCGAGCAGAAUGAAAUUAGAUCGGCACCAUUAACGCCGAGGCCAAGAUCAGCUGCACCAACGCCUCCUGUUGUGUCAUCACCACCAGUGUCAUGUCCACCCUCUCAGUACCACUCACCAUCUUUGUCAAGGUCACCACUUCUCAAUGAAGAGCAUGCAGACCAGGCACCACCUCCAAGCAAGACUCCCAAAACCCCAAGAACCCCAAGACUCUCUUUGACUCCAAGGUUUAUUACUCCUCUUGGAAGCCCUGUGAGAAAGGCUCUAAGGAUGACUAAGCUUGACCCUCAGGAUGCUUGGCUUCCAAUCACUGAGUCAAGAAAUGGUAACAAGUACUAUGCUGCUUUUCAUACUCUUUGUUCUGGGAUUGGAGUUCAGGCUCUUGUGCUUCCUGUGGCCUUCACAAUCCUUGGCUGGACAUGGGGAAUUAUUGGCUUGACUCUAGCAUUCAUAUGGCAGCUUUACACCUUAUGGUUACUUGUUCAGCUCCACGAAUCAACUGAAAAUGGGAUGCGCUACAGCCGCUACCUCCAACUUUCCUGUGCUACCUUUGGUGAGAGGCUAGGAAAGUUGCUAGCUUUGUUCCCAAUCAUGUAUCUCUCGGGAGGCACAUGUGUGGCAUUGAUCAUUAUUGGUGGAUCAACCAGUAAAUUGUUCUUCCAGAUUGUAUGCGGGGCUACAUGCAGCGCAAAGCCGCUAACCACCGUGGAAUGGUACUUGGUCUUUACGUGUGCAGCCGUUGUACUGUCUCAGCUGCCCAACUUGAAUUCCAUAGCAGGUUUAUCGUUGGUCGGGGCCGUCACGGCUGUAGGGUAUUGCACAAUGAUAUGGGCUGUUUCUGUGGCGGAAGGCAGGCUCCCAGGAGUGUCCUAUAAUCCUGUGAGGGGAAGCACCCAGGUUGUAAGGAUUUUUGACGUGCUUAAUGCACUUGGGAUCAUUGCUUUUGCUUUUAGGGGCCACAAUCUUAUUCUUGAGAUUCAGGCCACGAUGCCUUCAGAUGAAAAGCACCCUUCGCGUGUGCCCAUGUGGCAAGGAGUCAGGGUUUCCUAUACAGUCAUAUCUGCAUGCUUAUUCCCUCUUGCAAUUGGAGGCUAUUGGGCUUAUGGCCAAAAGAUACCAGCAAAUGGAGGAAUGCUUACAGCUCUAUACCAAUUCCAUUCACGUGAUGCGUCACAAGCUGUACUAGGCCUAACUAGCUUGUUUGUCAUAGUUAAUGCAUUGAGCUCGUUCCAAAUCUAUGGCAUGCCAAUGUUUGAUGACAUGGAGUCCAAGUACACAGUGAGAAAGAAGCAGCCAUGUCCAUGGUGGCUUCGAGCAAUUUUCCGGGCUAUGUUUGGGUACGGGUGCUUCUUUGUGGCAGUGGCAAUUCCAUUCUUGGGAAGCCUUGCUGGUUUGAUAGGAGGGAUAGCACUACCUGUCACAUUGGCAUACCCAUGUUUCAUGUGGCUCAAGAUUAGAAAGCCUAAGAUGUAUGGAGCAAUGUGGUGGCUCAACUGGUUCCUAGGGGUUUUGGGCAUGAGUCUAAGCGCUGUAUUGAUUGCAGCCGGGCUUUAUGUUGUGAUUGAUACUGGUGUUGAAGUGAGUUUCUUCAAGCCUCACUAAUUAGCUUACCAAGGCAAUUAGAGAAUUACGUUAAGCCGAAUCAAGAUCUAUUUGUUAUCUUAUCAUUCUUUUCGUCGAAAGAAUAUAUAUUUGGUACUUUGCUGUUGUG